UGCUCCCUGGGCUGAGAGCCUCCAGCUGUAAAGCGCAGCUUCUGGUGGAGUCGGGAAAGUGGAUCCUCAGUGCUGAGCGAGCUUCUGUCUCCUCCCUCAGUGUUUCUGCCCCAGGGCCUGCAACAUGAGCAUUCCUGACUACGUGCAGUGUGCUGAGGACUAUGAGACUCUUCCCGUGGUGGUCAAACCAGUGGGGAUCAUCUCAGAGGAGAAUUUCUUUUGCAUCUAUAAGCGAAUCUCCUUGGUGAGCCAGAUCAGCCCGUGCAGCUCCCAGGGCGCACUCUGUACGCACUACAGGCACCACUAUGCGCCCAAGAAUGGAUGGAGCGUCUUCCAGACCCACCGCAUGGUUGUGGGCCUUGUCACCAUUACCGACUGCCUCUCGGCCAAGGCCUUCGAGAAGCUCCACGUGCAGAGGAGCUGUAUGGCAUCACGCUUAAUGACUCUCAGCUCUUUGUCUUUGUGCUGCAUGGGGAGUCCAAGUGGCUGGAUGGGGCCCCUGACAAGCCUGGGGAUAAGAUCCCACUCCUCUGCAUGCCGUUUGAGAAGGAGGACUUCAUGGGACUGGACACAGACAGCAGGUCCCUGUGAUCUACAUGUGCGCGCUCCCCAUCUGCUCCUUGGAGAUGAAGUGUCAGGUUUAGGAGCCUGGGCACUGCUGAGGGCACAGCUGCCAGCACCGGGCUACACCGAGGCUGGGUCCGUUCACCUCACAUGUCACAUUCUGCUGAUCCUCCAGGCGUCAGUCAAGUACGUUUUGGUUACUGAGACACUCGAAUUCCCAUAUGAAUUGUAGCAGCAGCUAGUCAGUUACUGCAGAGGAGCCCACUGGGAUUGUGAUCGAGACCACGUUGAAUAUAUGGAUCGCUCUGUGGAGCACUGACAUUCCAAGAGCACUGUCAUCUGAUCCAGGAAUGUGCGUGGUGUGUCUGUCCAGGUAUUUAGGUCUUCUUUAAUUUUAUUUCAACAAUGUGUAGAGUUUACAUAGUAUUAUUUUACUUUAUUUUUUCCCUUUAUACUGAGUAAAAAUGUGCAAGGUACCAGAAUGAGAACUGUAUUAUAGCCCCACCACUUGCUGCUACCAUGGACCCUGCGGUCUUUCUUUGCCCUCUAAAAUCUUGCACAAAAUAGGACCUAAGUAACUCUUUCUUGAAUGAAUGAUUUUAUGAUUGCUGAAUGAUGCUUGAGAAUCCUUGUGAUGAUAUCUUUUUCCCAGACUUUCCCCUUUUCUUAACUAUGCCCUUUCCCUUCCUUUCCUCCAGCCUGGGUUUCAGCCUGCCUGUGGCAUUGAUUUUCCCUAUCUGUGGACUCUUCCUUUCACUAGUUCACGAUAAUGUUACAUAUGGGCUGUGGAAACUUGCUAGAUGUCAAGAAAGAGCCAAUCCAU